AAUUGCACUGAGUUCCUAUGUAGAAUGUCGCAAAGAACUAAUAAGAAUACAUCUUAAAAACAUUACAGAUUGUGAAUACUUUAUUCGUUUAAAAUGUUAGCAACGAUUGUAUAUUCUUAUGUUUUACUAUUUUUUAUGGCAAAGACAGUGGAUUGUUUGUGUUCCUGUGAAGAACCGGAUUCAAAUUUUUCGGCUGGUGUCAACCUACUCUAUUAUAAAUGUAAUAACGAGACUCCAGCAACGAUUGCUUAUCCCAUCACAAAGCCAGAAGGUAUAUUAAGUGUGUUAGAUAAAAACAAACGAACAAUCUUUUAUAUCUUUGGAUAUAUGCAAGCUCCAGAGAAACCUAAUGUUGAAUUAAUGAUGAAAGCGUUAUGUUUUGGAAGAACGGACAACAUUGUAUUACUAGAUUGGAGCAAUUAUACUACUGGCCUUUACCCAAAAGUUUUUUCAAACGGCGAAAAAGUAGCAAGAUUAUUGGCUAUAUGUUUAAACAAACUUGGAGAUAAUGGUUUCAAUAUAUCUAAUAAUAUUUACAUUAUUGGUUUUUCAAUAGGCGCACACAUAGCUGGUCAUGCUGCUAAAUGCAGCAAGUACGAAAUAUCUCGCAUCACAGGAUUAGAUCCUGCUAAUUGUAUAUUUUAUCCCACUGGAUGUUAUCUUGAGAAAAAUGAUGCAUCGUUUAUUGAUAUUAUUCAUACGGAUAUGGGUGGAUUUGGUUCUUUAUCUCUAGAACAGGAUACUAAUAUUCCAACUUGCCUUUCUCCUAUGGGAACACUAGAAAUAUUUGUAAAUGGUGGUCAUCGUAUUCAACCUGGUUGUCCACUACUUGAAUCUUCAUUAAGCACUGAUCCGUCAUCACUUUUCUGCAGUCAUUCAAAAGCUGUCGUAAUAUAUACAAGGACGAAGUAUUAUCCUACUCAAACUAUGGCAAACAAAAAAUGUUCUUCCUAUUUGGCCUAUUUACUUGAUCUUUGCGAAAAUGUUAUGGUACCUUUUGGAUAUGCAGCAGAAAAUAUAACUGGAUCUUAUUAUUAUAAAACAGGACCUUUGUAAUAUAAUUGGUUUAAAGAGUUGUAUACAACUGUUAUUUUUUAAUAAUUCUUCUUUUAAUAUCUUUUAAUAAUUCACUUAUAAUUGUGAAAACUAUUAGUAUUACAUUGUUUUUCAAUUUAUAUUAAUAAAUAAAUAUUUAAUAACAAUUAA